UCAUAUGUUCUUUUUGAACAUCCUGUUCCAGAUUUAGUCCCAUUUUGCUGUUAUAAUAACCUCCAAUCUUCUGGGAAGGCUUUCCACUAGAUUUUGGAAUAUGGCUGUGGAGAUUUCUGCUCAUUCAGCCACAACAGAAUUAGUGAAGUCAGACACUGAUGUUGGGUGAGGUGAGCUGGUGUGCAGUUGGAGUUCUAGUUCAUCCCAAAGGUGUUCAGUGGGGUUGAGGUCAGGGCUCUGUGCAGGACACUCGAGUUCUGCUACUCCAACUUUGGCAAACCAUAUGUUCAUGGAUCUUGCUUUGUGCACAGGGGCAUUGUCAUGCUCGAACAUGUUUGGCCCUCUUAGUUCCAGUGAAGGGAAAUUGUAAUAAGGGGGCAGUCGUGGCUUAAUGGAUAGAGAGUCGGACUUGUAACCCGAAGGUGAACCUGAAGGUUGUGGGUUCGAGUCUCAGGUCCAGCAGGGAUUGUGGGUGGGGGGAGUGAAUGACCAGCGCCCUCUCCUGGUGAGACUCUUGAGCAAGGUGAGACCCUUGAGCAAGGCACCGAACCCCCAAACUGCUCCCUGGGCGCCGCAGCAAAAAAAAAAAAAAAAAAAGGCUGCCCACUGCUCCGGGUGUGUGUUCACGGUGUGUGUUUGUGUUCACUACUGUGUGUGUGCACUUGGAUGGGUUAAAUGCAGAGCACAAAUUCCUAGUAUGGGUCACCAUACUUGGCCACAAGUCACUUCACUACUCACUAAUGCUACAGCAUAUAAAGAUAUUCUAUAAAGCUGUGUGUUUCCAACUUUGUUGCAACAGUUUAGGGAAGACACACAUAUGGGUGUGAUGGUCAGGUGUCCACAAACUUUUGGCCAUAUAUAUAUACUUUUUCCCUAUCAGUUCAGUUUUUAGAAAUUUUAAUAAAAAUAUCUUUGUUUAUGCUUUGUUUAAUGCAUCAUUAUAAGUACAAAGUCAAAACACAUUAUGCGUGUAGAUUUGAAGUGGAUAUAUACACUAUAAGUAUAUUAAAUAACAAAGACAAUAGUGUCAGAAUUCUUAGUUCCGCUGUAUCCUCACUUUGGAGGAGCCACCAUUUCCUUGUAUACAUUGUAUAUAUCCUUGUAUAUACAAACAAACAAGAAAGGGAGAUGAAAAAAGCGAGGGAUGACAGCGAAUUGGAACAGAGAAAGAGGAUUAUUUACCAUUUUAAAUGAAUAAAUCUGCACUGUGCAGGGUAGAGUGGGAUUGAGAGAGAGAGAGAGAGAGAGAGAGAGAGAGAGAGAAAUAGAGAGAGUAAAAUAGUUAGAAGGCAACAAUCCAGGCACCAGGGCUAUAGAUCAAUGAGAAUUAGAAAGAGAAAAAACUUAAACCACCAUAUAAACAAAUGGAGAAGAGCAAUUCCAAAAUCAUUUUCAACAAAACUAGACAUUUUGGAAGCACUGGCAAAACAGGUAGCUGUUUAACUCAGUAUCAUAGUGAAAGAAAAUAAUACACAGAGAAAAUGCUUUUAAAUUGGUCAAGAUGCCUGAAGGGAGAGGCCAAAAUUCUACGUUCUGUUUCAUGUUCUGGAGACACCAAACAAAUGAGGGAUGAAGUGAUGGUUGAGCUCAGAAUCUUUGGAGCGCUAUAUAGCACUUUGACUAUGAAACUGAUAAUCCUCUGCUGCGUUGUGGUGCUCUUCCCUGCUGCUCAUGCCUCCUGUAGGAACUGACUCUAAACCAGUCCUCCAUGCUACUUUUGGUCCUUACUCAGUGACUCAGCUUGUUUCUGAACCUUUAGCUCCGUUAUCUGUACCUCUUGUGGCAUACCUGCUUUCCAAAACAGUUGAACAAAAGUGGGAGGCUGAACGAGGGGAAGGUUUUACAGUCAGAGUGUUGUUCCAUAUGAAAGGUGACUCAAGCAGAAGAACAUGUGUGACCCUUCAUGCUUUCAAACAGACAGAGGAGCAGAAAGCAUCCUGCAUUGCCCAGCCUCCUCUAGGGCUGUGUGUGGUCACCAUGACUUUACCCAAAGACUGGUUUAAGCCUGAUCAGACUGUUCAACCACACCAGAGCCAAAGAUUCAAACAACGCCAUCCAUACAGAUCCCGAUCCCCUAACCACAGCCCAUGGGGAAAAAACUUGCCAGCAUCUCUCAGGGCCAAACCCGGAAUCCUUAGUGAUAUGAUCCAGCUGUACUACUCUUCAUUUGGCAGUGUGACCAACCAUAAGAUAUCACCUCCUAGAUGUGUGGUGGGCAAGCAGUCACAGAGAAAUCUGUACUACAUUGGAUCUGUGGCUCUUCCGGAUAAAGAAACCAAAAGUAACAAAACAACGCAAGGUUUUUCCUGCUCCAGUGAACUUGAGCAGGAUGAGCUAUGGCUGAAUUCAGAUGUACUGAUUUACUAUAACAAGGGGCCUGUGAGAGCUGGACAACCAGUUGGAGUCUCAUUAAAUCUAAGGGCGAAUUUUAGUGGAGAUUUCCUCAUUGUGAAGCUUAAAGUGAAGAAAGGGUUACUGUCACUACAAGCCCAUCCAAACAAAAACUCUCACCUGUGGGCUGUUAAAGUUGAGAAGACAUCAGGCUCCAAACAUGACACAAUUUCCAUAAUCUCUCACAGAACUGGUACUGUUUUAGACAGACAUGGCACCUCAGCUCUGCGACUGGUGGCUUGUCUCUCAAUUGAGGGCUUACACAGGAGCUUUGGAGUCGCAAUGACAGUUCCAGUAAACUGGUGGGUGGAGGACACCACGCGCAAUAGGCUGGUUUCACAACAUUGGGCAGUAACGACCUUCCUCUCCUUUUCGGACAGAGAGAUAGUGGGCAUUGCUCCCAUCACAGUGAGCAACACAAUAAUGAACACAGCCAUCUUGUCUAGCCAAUCAGUUUCCCUUCCGGUCGUAGUACUGGCGGUUGGGCAGGAUGGCAAAGUAUUUGAUAUUACUGCAGCAGUAAACUGUCAAUCAACCAAUGAAGACAUUGUCAAGGUAUCAAGUGAUUGCUCUGCUGCUUAUGUUGAUGGAAGUGAAUCCGGGGUGGGCAGCACCUGUGUAGAGGUGGAGUUUUCUCUGGGCAUGAUCAGAGGUUCUUUAUGCCUGGCUGUGUGGGCUCCAGUAGUUCCUCUCCGUAUCUCUCUCUCUGACACUGUCCUGAGCCCCAUUGAGGGCUGGAGCUACUACACAGACAGAUGCAUUCCAGUUUAUCAAAGGGCCACCAUACAGAUUCUUGCACAGUUCAGUGCCCAGUCAGCCCAGGGACAACUUACCUACAUGCUUGGAUCACCUGAUUGGUUUGUAGAUGUAACAGACCUGGUUCGUGAUUGCCUGAGGAUAGAGAACUCUCGUGUCGCAGCUCUUCAUGAGCAAAAUUAUGUAAUUGGAUUAGAGCCUGGAGUUACUUCACUAAAUCUGAUAUCUAGUCAGUGGGAUGGUGUGCUUGGCACUGCUGAUGUCAUUGUGACCUCUGAACCUGUGGCCCCUGGUGACCUUUCUGUACAUUUAGUGGGUGGUCUUGGUCUGUCAGUCACCUCAAGCUCCUCAAAUCCUUCUGUCAUCACAGCAACUGUGACUUCUCAUAACACACUCUAUAACCAUGGGCAAGAAGCUUCUUUUAGUGUUUGGCUACAGUUUGGUGAUGACACUGCCAUUCUGCUCUCUGCGUUUAGCGAAAUCCCUUUCUCUCUACAUUUAUCCUCACUGGCUGAAUCGGUGGUUGCUAUAACACCUGCCCCAUCACAGCGUGUCCUUGCACAAGGAGAUGGUGGAGGACCCCUUGUGAAAGCAGAACUUCUGGUCUCCACCUGUGAGCUCGUGUCUACCCACAAUGAGAUGGAUGAGAUCAAAGAGAGACAUGGGACUCGGAGACUAGCCAAAGGAUCAGGCUGGAUAAGGGUGAAUCUAGACGCAGACCUCUGGACUCUAGAAAGUGAAGAUUCAGACUUUGAGAUGACUGAUGCAUCAGAUACAUUUGCAGAGUUAGACACAAAUGUGAAUCGUAACUUCGAACAAGAACAAGCAGUCCUUAAGUCCGUUAACUAUGAUGGAAAUACAAGCAAUGACAUGAUUGCCUGGGAUGACUUGGAGAGGGCAGUGUUGACACCCAAUCACGAAGAAAAUGCAGUGGAUUUCUCUCCUGAUGUGGAGAAUAGAGAAGGGAAAAUUGCUAACCGAAAGUUAGUAUUUGGAGUUGGAGCUGUCUUCAGUUUGCUGUGUCUCUCCUCCCUUCUGUUUUUAGUCAACUUCACGCCAUGUGUGAUGAGGGAACUUGGGAAGAGACAAAGUAAAGAAAUGAUGAAACAGACAGAGGGAGAGACAUUCACUCAGGAAGAGGAGAAUGAUGAUAAAAAAGGGGAAGACGGGACAUGGUAAGGAGAGAUGAUGACAGUGGAGCAAAGAUGAUUUUGUAAAUACCCAACUUUCUGCACUUGUCCUUGUCUCUCUCAGAUGAGAUAAACAUUUUCAGUUGUGAUUUAGAAUAAAGUAAAAUAUUGUCUUGUCAGCAGUUUAACAUAAAUGCGAGAAACACUAUCCUCUUUUUUUGAUAGAAUUUUUUGCUGCUUAGCCUAAUCUUAUGUAAACCCUAAGCUUUCA